AUGCACGGCAUUAAAAGGAAAGAUUGGACCAAAGAACUACUGAGACAGAAAAGAGUUCAAGACGAAAAGAAGAUAUACGAAUAUAAAAGCUUGACUGGAGAUGUUUUGAGUUUGAGGGACGAGUAUAUUUAUUCUACUGAGGCUCUGAAGAAAACAUCGCUACUUUUAGAGAAAAAUCCAGAGUUCAAUGCUAUUUGGAAUUAUAGGAGAGAUAUCAUAACUAAUUUGGCCUCUGAAUUGGAAACUAGUUUCUGGGACAAAGAAUUGAUCUUUGUAAUGGUUCAAUUGAAAAGCUACCCUAAGGUCUACUGGAUAUGGAAUCACAGGCUUUGGGUUUUGGAACAUUAUCCUGGGGAUUCACCAAAGGUUUGGCAAACUGAACUUGCUGUUGUUAAUAAGCUACUAGAACAAGAUGCAAGAAAUUAUCACGGGUGGCACUAUCGUAGAAUAGUUGUUGGAAACAUAGAAAGGAUCACUAAUAAAAGUCUUGACAAGCAGGAGUUAGAAUACACGACAACAAAGAUUAACAAUAAUAUUUCAAACUACUCUGCAUGGCAUCAAAGAGUACAAAUUAUAAGCAGAAUGUUUUUAAAAGGAGAAAUUAAAGAACAAAAGGAGUAUAUUCAAGCAGAAAUCUCCUACAUUAUUAACGCCAUAUUUACCGAUGCGGAAGAUCAAUCCGUAUGGUUUUACAUUAAGUGGUUCAUUAAAAACGACAUUGUUUGCAAAACAUUGGAUAAAGAAGAAUACCUUCAAAUGAUAGAGAAUUUAAGAGAAAACGUUUUGUUAAUUAAUAACGAUGAAAUUGAAUUUAGUGGAAAGCAAAACAUUUGGUGCUUAAAGAUCCUAUUAGUGAUAGAAGACAUUCUGGAAGAAAAUAAAGCCUUGAAGGAGAAAAACUCGAAAGAAUAUUUGCAUCAGUUGAUAAAUGCUGAUCCAUUGAGAAAAAAUAGAUACUUACAUCUUCUGGAGCAUCUUAAGUGA